ACCAGGAGUUGGAAAAACCACACUAGGCAAAGAGCUUGCAUGCAGAUCAGGACUGAAGUACAUUAAUGUGGGUGAUGUAGCUCGAGAAGUCUGAUCGUCGGCAGAUAUCAUGGAGUCUGGCAAGAUGGCUUCUCCCAAGAGCAUGCCGAAAGAUGCACAGAUGAUGGCACAAAUCCUGAAGGAUAUGGGGAUUACAGAAUAUGAGCCAAGAGUUAUAAAUCAGAUGUUGGAGUUUGCCUUCCGAUAUGUAACCACAAUUCUAGAUGAUGCUAAGAUUUAUUCAAGCCAUGCCAAGAAAACCACUGUCGAUGCAGAUGACGUGCGACUGGCAAUCCAGUGUCGAGCUGACCAGUCUUUUACCUCUCCUCCCCCGAGAGAUUUUUUAUUAGAUAUUGCGAGACAGAGAAACCAAACCCCUUUGCCACUGAUCAAGCCAUAUUCAGGUCCUAGACUGCCACCUGAUCGAUACUGCUUAACAGCUCCAAACUACAGGCUCAAGUCUUUACAAAAAAAGACAUCUACUUCUGCAGGAAGAAUAACAGUUCCACGGUUGAGUGUUGGUUCAGUCACUAGCAGACCAAGUACCCCCACACUAGGCACACCAACCCCACAGGCCAUGUCUGUUUCGGCCAAAGUAGGGGCUCCAGUGUCCCUCGCUGGGCAGAGGUUUACAGUGCAGAUGCCUGCCUCCCAGGCCCCUGCUGUAAAAGCCUCCAUUCCUGCAACUUCAGCAGUCCAGAAUGUUCUGAUUAAUCCAUCAUUAAUUGGGUCCAAAAACAUCCUUAUUACCACUAAUAUGGUGUCAUCACAAAAUACUGCCAAUGAGUCAUCAAAUGCGUUGAAAAGAAAGCAUGAAGAUGAUGACGAUGACGAUGAUGAUGAUGACUAUGAUAAUUUGUAAUCUGCCUCGAUGCAUGUAACGUGUACUUGGUCUUGAAUCCUUUGUAUUG